AUGUUGCUUCCACCUCCACCUCCACUCAGUCAUGCCCUGGAAGUUAAAUACCUGAAACUGUAUGGCCAUGGCAUCCUCGCUUGGGCAAGCAGCAUUCAGAGGCAGAUUGGCUUUCAGAGCAGAGGAAAGUACAGGUAUGGGCCCACUCAAGUGGGGCUCCAGGUAGUAGGGGGUUCUGUCCUCACCCAGGCAGCAAACAGGAGGGCAGAAGCCCCUCCAAGGGUACUACAAACUUGGCUCCGAUCCAUGAUUUCAGUUUCUGACAAUUACAACAUUCAGUGGGGGAAAGAAAAUCAGUGUGGAACCCAGGGCCCUGACGGAGUUAGAGGGAGGACUGCAGGACUGGAGGGGCGCGAAAAACCGCGGGGCAACGCUGCUCGCGGCCUCGGGUGUCCGGCGCCUCGCAGUCCCGCCGUCGUCACCUACGCCGGGCCAGGACCUGUCAGGCCAGGUCGAGGGCGGCUCUGGACCACGCGCUCCCUGCCUCCGCGCUCCGGGGCGGCGGCCCCCGCAGGCCCAGCGCAGCUGCACAGCCCGUGGUCCCCAGACACCGGCGGGUCCCUGGAGGGGAAGCGAUUGAUACAGCUGCCUGCACUGCGCUACCCGCUCGGCCGCCCAUCCCCAUGGCACCUGCGUCUCCCGGCGGGGCCGGGAGCUAGAAGUGGUGGCCGAGACCAGGAGGGCCAGGCCACCCGCCCGCUCCCGCUCCCGCUCCCGCGCCUGGUCCUGGGCAAUGCGACCUCGCGGACCUGGACUACAACUCCCGUCGGGCCCCGCGGUCAGGCCAAUGGCGGGCGCCGGAGCAUGCGGAGCGCAGCGCCUGCGCGGCGGUUUGAAUUCACCGGCGGAAGCGGCGGCGCAGGAGGCGGCGGCGGCCCAGCAGGGGCACGUAGCGGGCUCUGGCACCAGCUCCGGCGGCGGCGGCCAGCGAGAGCUAGGCCCGGGCCCGGCCGGCGGCGCUCGAGGCGGGGAGGGAAGUUGCGGGGCCGCCGCUCCUCCCCCCCCCACCGGGCUUCCUAUUUACCGAAAGCGGAGCCCCUCGCCUCUCUCGGCUCUCAGCAGCCGGCCCUGCUCUCCCGCGCGGGGGUUCCGCGCCCGCCCGCGGGCCGUAGGGAGCGGGAGAGGCGGAGGCGGCCCGUGGCCAAAGCACCCGCCAGGCGCCGAGGGUCCCCAAACCCAGUCAAGUGUGUUGAUUUCAGCCCCGAGUCCUUUCCCGUGGUUUCAUCCGCCCCUGGCUGCCACCGGGGCCUUGCACUGCCCUGGGGAUUCGGUGGCAGAGGCUUCCGGGGCGUCGAAAGCGACCUCCCUUUUCUGGGCGGCGCGGGUUGGGAGGAGAAAAGUUGCGUGAGUGUCCAGUCCGAGGGGUCCACCGCGCCCACUGCCCGUGGCGCCCCGGCUGUCCCCAGGUGA